UUAAUAAUGUCAUGAGGAGAUUAUAAGAAGGAGAAACACGCUGAAGAGAGAGACAUUGUCAAGAGAUCGUCAAAAAAAAUUGUUAUUAUAAAAAAAAAAAAAAGGCUGCCUUCUCGAUUAUUAUAACUCUCCCGAACCCAUUGACAGAGUGAACGCGCCAAUGGAGAACAACCUACACAUGAUCUUGAAGCUCGCCAUUCUUCUCUCUCUCAUACUCACCUUAGCAGCAGGAGAUGAAACUCUUGGUUUCGUCUACAAUGGCUUCCAAUCUGCAAAUCUAACCGUUGACGGCAUAGCUGAGUUCACUUCCAAUGGACUCCUGCGACUUACCAACGACACCAAACAGCAAAGCGGCCAUGCUUUUUAUCCCAACCCAAUAACCUUCAAGCAGUCUUCAACAAACGCCGCUGCUUUUUCUUUCUCUACUGCCUUCGUUUUCGGCAUCAUAUCUGGAGAGUAUCCGACUCUUAACGGCCACGGUAUCGCCUUUGUGAUUGCGCCGACCAGGGGGCUCCCGGGGGCUCGGCCCAGUCAGUACCUCGGCCUUUUCAACGAGACAAACACUGGAAAUGCCAGCAAUCAUGUUUUCGCCGUUGAACUCGACACCAUCCAGAGUAGUGAGUUUUUCGAUAUCAAUGACAACCAUGUGGGGAUCGAUAUAAAUGGGCUCAUGUCUGCGAAUUCAUCUGCAGCAGGUUAUUAUGAAGAUCGCAGUGGUCAAUUUAAAAACUUGACUCUUAUCAGUGGUCAACCAAUGCAAGUUUGGGUGGAAUAUAAUGGUGAUCAAAAGCAAAUUGACGUUACUUUAGCUCCAUUUAACAGUGGUAAGCCCAGUACUCCACUUUUGUCUUUGAGUUAUGAUCUUUCGCCUAUUCUUAACAACGCCAUGUAUGUUGGCUUCUCGUCAUCCACUGGUUCGGUGUUAACAAAUCAUUAUAUUUUGGGUUGGAGUUUUAAGAUGAACGGCCAAGCGGAGGCUCUUGCUCUCUCUCAGCUCCCUAAGCUUCCCCGAAUUGGUCCUAAGCGGAGAUCAAAGUUUUUGACAAUUGGGCUCCCUGUAAUUUUAUCAAGCUUGAUUGUAGCUGCUGUCUCAGGUAUAGUUUACGUGAUAAGAAGAAAAAGAAAGUUCGCUGAAGUGCUUGAAGAGUGGGAGCUUGAGUAUGGGCCUCAGAGAUUCAAAUACAGAGAUCUUUACAUUGCAACUAAAGGGUUCAAAGAUAAAGAGCUAUUAGGCAGCGGUGGCUUCGGCAGGGUCUACAGAGGUGUGUUACGUAGCUCUAAACUUGAAAUUGCUGUGAAGAGAAUCUCCCAUGAAUCAAGGCAGGGGAUGAAAGAAUUUAUAGCAGAAAUCAUAAGCAUUGGCCGCCUCCGUCACCGGAAUUUAGUACAACUCUUGGGCUAUUGCCGGCGUAAAGGAGAACUUCUUCUUGUGUACGAUUACAUGCCUAAUGGAAGCCUUGACAAGUACCUCUAUGACCAGCCAGCAGUGACCCUUAAUUGGAGACAAAGAUUUCGAGUCAUCAAAGGCGUUGCUUUGGGCUUGUUUUAUCUACAUGAAGAAUGGGAACAAGUUGUGAUUCACAGAGAUGUCAAGGCCAGUAAUGUGUUGCUUGACGGUGAAUUGAACGGCAGAUUGGGAGAUUUUGGCCUUGCAAGGCUCUAUGACCACGGCACUGAUCCUCGAACAACCCGUGUAGUUGGCACUCUAGGGUAUCUUGCCCCUGAGCACACACGAACAGGCAAGGCAACAAAAAGCACAGAUGUGUUUUCCUUUGGUGCUUUUUUGCUUGAAGUCGCCUGUGGCAGAAGGCCAAUAGAGCCACGAGCAGAAUCAGAGGAUGAUGAAAUAUUGGUUGACUGGGUAUUUGGUUUCUGGUGCAAAGGUGAAAUUCUUGAGGCAAGGGAUCCAAGUCUGGGUUCAGAUUAUGUAGAAGACGAAGUGGAGAUGGUGUUGAAGCUGGGGUUGUUGUGCUCUCAUUCAGAGCCAACGUCAAGGCCGAGCAUGAGACAAGUUGUGCAGUACUUAGAGAAGGAUGCCCCUUUGCCAGAGCUGUCAUCUCUUGGAAUUUCAGCCAGUGGGCUGACAUUUACUUAUUGUGAAGGUUUUGAUGAUUUUGCAAUGUCAUAUCCAUCGUCUAUGGGCCUUACAGGAUCCUCUUCCGUUGCAGCAUCGCUACUUUCCGGCGGUCGAUGAUGCUUGAAAUUGUAAUUUUUUUUAUUACAAAAGGAAUAACAAGAAAAAUUUAGGCAUCCAUGCUAUCAGUUAUCUCUGUAAACUUGGAAAAUUUGCUAGGAAUUUCAACUCCUUCCCAUGUCAUCUCCAGAAUAAUGUGUACUUUUUUAAAGAAACGGGAAUGCGCCGUACCAAGUAGUGAAAUUUCAUAUGUAAUGACUGGCCUAGUAAUUAAUACGUCAAUAAUUUAAUUUUAAAAUAUUAUUAAAAGAUAUUUAUUCUUA